AUGGGAAAGGAAAAGACCCACAUCAACAUCGUCGUCAUCGGUCACGUCGACUCUGGCAAGUCGACCACCACCGGCCACCUUAUCUACAAGUGCGGUGGCAUUGACAAGCGAACCAUCGAGAAGUUCGAGAAGGAGGCCCAGGAGAUGGGCAAGGGCUCCUUCAAGUACGCCUGGGUGCUCGACAAGCUGAAGGCUGAGCGUGAACGUGGUAUCACCAUUGACAUUGCUCUCUGGAAGUUUGAGACCCCUAAGUACUACGUUACCAUCAUCGAUGCCCCUGGCCACCGCGAUUUCAUCAAGAACAUGAUCACCGGCACCUCCCAGGCUGAUGUCGCCGUGCUGAUCGUCGCCGCCGGUACUGGCGAGUUCGAGGCCGGCAUCUCCAAGAACGGCCAGACCCGAGAGCACGCCCUGCUCGCCUACACCCUCGGUGUCAGGCAGAUGAUCAUCGGUGUCAACAAGAUGGACACCACCGAGCCGCCCUUUAGCCAGGCCCGCUUUGAGGAAAUCCAGAAGGAGGUGUCCGCCUACGUGAAGAAGAUCGGCUACAACCCCGCCACCGUGGCCUUUGUGCCCAUCUCCGGCUGGAACGGCGACAACAUGCUCGAGCCCUCCACCAACAUGCCCUGGUUCAAGGGCUGGACCAUCGAGCGCAAGGGCGCCAAGUUCGAGGGCAAGACGCUGCUGCAGGCCCUCGACGCCCAGGAGCCCCCGUCGCGUCCCACGGACAAGCCGCUGCGCCUGCCCCUCCAGGACGUCUACAAGAUCGGCGGUAUCGGCACCGUGCCCGUCGGCCGAGUGGAGACUGGCGUCAUCAAGCCCGGCAUGGUCGUCACCUUUGCCCCGGUCGGCCUCUCCACUGAGGUGAAGUCGGUGGAGAUGCACCACGAGGCCCUCACUGAGGCCGUGCCCGGCGACAACGUCGGCUUCAACGUGAAGAACGUCUCGGUGAAGGAGCUGCGCCGUGGCUACGUCGCCGGCGACAGCAAGGACAACCCGCCCAAGGGCGCCGAGUCCUUCACCGCCCAGGUGAUCGUGCUGAACCACCCCGGUCAGAUUGCCAACGGCUACACUCCGGUGCUCGAUUGCCACACCGCUCACAUUGCCUGCAAGUUCGCGGAGAUCAAGGAGAAGUGCGACCGUCGAUCGGGCAAGAAGCUGGAGGACAACCCGAAGGCCAUCAAGUCCGGCGACGCCGCCGUCGUCGAGCUGGUGCCCACCAAGCCGCUCUGCGUCGAGUCCUUCACGGACUUCCCCCCGCUCGGCCGCUUCGCCGUCCGCGACAUGAGACAGACCGUCGCCGUGGGCGUCAUCAAGUCCGUGAAGCCGAAGGAGGCCACCGGCAAGGUGACCAAGGCCGCUGAGAAGGCCACCAAGAAGAAAUAA